AUGGCAGAAAGUGCUGUUAGCCUAGUUAUAGAGAAUUUGGUCCCGUUGUUAGUCCAGAAAGCAAAAUUGUUGAAAGGUAUCCAUGAUGAAGUUGAAAGCAUCAGAGGUGAAUUAGAGUUCAUUCGAUCAUUCCUCAAGGAUGCAGAUGCAAGGGCCGAGAAAGAAGAUAUGAACAAUGUUGCAAAAACAUGGGUGAAACUAGUAAGGGAAAAAGCUUAUCACAUAGAAGAUGCCAUUGAUAAAUACAUACUUCAUUUUGCAAAAAAAUCUCACGAGCGAAGGCAAUACUUACAUUUCCUCCAGAAGGUUUUUCACUUUACCAUAAACCUAAAACCACGGCAUGUGAUAGCCUCUAAUAUUCAAGUUAUCAACAAGAAACUUGAGGACAUAAGAAAGAGGGGCGAAAGAUAUGGCUUUAGUGCAAUAGAGCAGGGAAGAUCCAGCAACACUGGAAGUGUUAGAUGGCAUGACCCUCGAGUGGCAUCCCUUUUCAUUAAGGAAGCAGAGGUUGUGGGAAUUGAGUCUCCUAGAGCCAAAUUGAUAAAGUGGUUGGUAGAAGGACCAUCUAAACGCAAGGUGUUUUCAGUUGUUGGCAUUGGUGGCCUUGGCAAGACCACUCUUGUCAAGAAAGUGUUUGACAAUGAGAAGGUAGCAACACAUUUUGAUUGCCAUGCUUGGAUUAAUGUAUCUCAAUCAUACAAGAUGGAAAGCCUAUUGAGGGACACGAUAAAGCAACUCUAUAAGGCAAGGAAGGAGUUUGCACCCUAUGAAAUUGACACAAUGAAAGAGACAUCACUAAUGGAGGAAUUAAGUAAAUAUUUACGUGAACUUAGGUAUUUAGUAGUUUUUGAUGAUUUAUGGGAUGUAGAAUUUUGGGGACAUAUAAAAUUUGCUUUCCCAGGGAAUGAAAAAGGCAAUAGAAUUGUAAUCACAAGUCGAAAUGAGGAUGUUGCUCCUUCUAGAAAUGAAUCUCCAAAUAAUUGUGUGUAUAAUCUGCCCCCUCUACCUUUUGAAAUAGCCUUGGAUCUAUUUUGCAGAAAGGUGUUCCAAUGUGAAGGAGGAAAAUGUCCUUCUGAUUUUGUUGAGUUGUCUUGUGGCAUAGUUGAGAGAUGUGGAGGUUUGCCCCUAGCAAUUGUUGCAAUAGGUGGUUUUUUGUCAAUCAAAGACAAGGUUGUCUCUGAGUGGCGGAAAUUACAUGAUAGUCUUAGUUCAGAGUUAGAAAGUAAUUCACGUCUAAGAAGUAUCCCCAAAAUUCUCUCUCUUAGUUAUCAUGAUCUACCUUACAACCUCAAAGCAUGUUUUCUAUAUUUUGGCAUGUUUCCUGAGGAUCACUCAAUUAAUUGUUCAAGACUAAUUCGACUUUGGAUAGCUGAGGGCUUUGUAAAAGAAAGGCAAGGAACAACAUUGGAAGAAGUUGCACAAGACUACUUGAACCAACUUAUUAAUAGAAGCUUGGUUCAAUUAACACAAAAGGAUUUUGUUGGUAAAACUAGAAGUUGUCGAGUUCACGAUAUGAUUCGUGAGGUCAUUCUUUCAAGGUCAGAGGAAUUGAAUUUCCGUUCGGUCUCAGUGCAAAACUGCUCAAAUUGUAAGAGAAUCGCUCGGCGCCUCUCAAUUCAGAACAAUGUAAAUACUCCUUUAGAAAGUAUUACUAGUUCCCAAACUCGUUCUAUUCUUAUUUUUGGGGUAGACGAAAUGCCUUCUUUUUUUAGUACAUUUUUUGCAAACUUCAAACUAAUGAAAGUAAUGGAUUGUGAAGGUGCUCCUAUAGAUUACAUUCCUAAAGAAGUAGGUAAUCUAUUCCUUCUAAGAUACUUAAGCCUAAGAGACACAAAAGUACAUAAACUUCCAAAGUCGAUAGGUAAACUCCACAACCUAGAGACUUUGGAUUUGAAGCGUUCCUUUGUGUCUGAGCUACCAGUGGAGAUCAAUGGGCUACAUAAGCUACGAUAUCUUGCGGCAUACUUUGAAAGCCACGAUAUUGAAGACAAUAUUGAUUUUCGACGAGCGAUAAAGAUACAAAGUGGCAUUGCGUGUUUACAGUCCUUACAAAAGCUUUUUAAAAUUGAAGCCAACAACGAUGCCCUUAUUGAAGAAUUGGGCAGUUUGGGCCAAUUGAGAAAGUUGCAAAUAUGUAAACUAAACAGAGAAAAUGGGACGGCUUUGUGCACUGCAUUGGAGAAAAUGAGCCACCUUCAGUCUUUGAAAAUUAGUGCAACAGUUGAAGAAGAAGUUCUUGAGUUACAAUCAAUGUCUUCGCCUCCGCCAUGCCUACAAACUCUCAUCCUAUCUGGGCGAAUAGAAAAGUUGCCAGAAUGGAUUCCUAAACUCAAGAGUAUAGUUAGAAUUGGUUUAGACUGGUCAAGAUUAAUGGAUGAUCCAUUAAAGGUCCUUCAAACUUUAUCUAAUUUGAUGGAUCUUUUGCUUUAUGAUGGAUACGGAGGUGAGCAAUUACAUAUUGAGGGAGGAGGCUUCCAAAAACUCAAGUUUCUGGGGCUUCGAAAUUUGGGAGGAUUGAAUAUGUUGAUAAUAGACGAAGAUGCCUUGCCUCUUCUUGAAGUUCUUGAAAUUGGACCUUCCCCACAGCUUAAGAAGGUGCCCACUGGCAUCCAACAUUUAAAAAGCCUAAAAAAACUGCAAUUUUUUGAAAUGCCGAUUGAAUUCGUGCUUAGUAUGCAGCCAGCUGAAGGCCCUGAGUUUUGGAAAGUCAAGCAUAUUCCCUCUGUUCAUUUUUGGAAUAGGAUUCAAGGGGAACACUACAAAAUCCACAAACUCGGUGAUCCCGAGUUAUUGGAGCUUUUGCAAAGGUAA